GUGGCAUGAAGAUUACGAUAAAGCCCAAAGCGUCCAAAAGUUACGUUAUCAGUCGCGAGACCUGUGACACUAAAUAUAUAACCGACCAGCUGAACGGUCCGGCCAUUACUGUAACGUUCAGCAUCUGAUUAGUCUGUGUCUUACACCCGAAACGUAAACCUUUGAACCUAGUGGCAGGUGGCAGUGUUUCAGCAUGCUUGUCGUGGUGUUUCUCGUGACGCUACUGGUGCUAGCGGUACUGCGCGAGUAUCGCGAUCGCAAGCGGCUGCAGCACAUUGCAUCCCACUUCCAGGGUCCGAAGCCGCACUGGCUGCUCGGAUAUUUGCCACUGUUCCCGGUCAACGACAUACCGGGCAUCUUCGAGACGAUGGUCAAGCUGCACGAACGCUACGGACAGGAUCUGUUCAACUGGGGCCUCCUAAACGACCACAUGGUCGUCGUAACCAGUGCCGCUAACGUGGAGAAGGUGGUGAUGGCGAAGAAGACGGAAAAAUCACAGAUUUACGAGUUCAUCGAGCCGUGGCUGGGACAGGGUCUGCUCAUCUCCAGCGGCGAGAAGUGGUUCCACCGGCGAAAAAUCAUCACACCCACCUUUCACUUCAAGAUACUGGAAAGCUUCGUGACCGUGUUUAACCGCGAGGCGGAGCUGCUGAUAGAGAAGCUUGGACAGAAUGCGGACGCGGGCCGUGAGUUUGACAUCUACGAGCCGAUCUCGCUGUACGCGCUGGACAGCAUAUGCGAGACGUCCAUGGGUGUGGAGAUUAACGCACAGCAUAAUCCCGAAAACCAGUACGUGCGGGACGUGAAGCGGAUGAGCGAGCUGGUGCUGCUGCGCAUCUUUCACGUGCUGUCAGCGUUUCCACGCACCUUCUGGUACACGAUGCCGAACGCUUGGGAACAGCGGAAGCUGAUCCGACGGCUUCACGCAUUCACGGACUCGGUGAUUCAAAGCCGUCGGCGACAGCUGCUGGCUGCGGUGGAGCAAGGAGAAGUCGGAAAUCAAGAAACACACGCGGAUGAUCUGUACGGUGCAAAGCAACGUUACAGCUUUUUGGACCUGCUGCUGAACGUCACAGUCGGUGGAAAGCCACUGUCUGAUGCGGAUAUUCGGGAGGAGGUGGAUACCUUCAUGUUCGAGGGUCAUGACACGACCACUUCGGGCAUUGCCUUUACCUUCUAUCAACUUGCAAAGCAUCCUGAAAUACAGGAGAAGCUACACCAGGAGCUCCAAGAUGUGCUCGGAGUAGAUUAUCGCCAGGUACCGUUGACCUACAAUACACUCCAGAACUUCCGGUACCUGGACAUGGUAGUGAAGGAGUCGCUGCGACUUCUACCACCCGUUUCGUUCAUCGGACGUCGGCUAGUGGAAGAUAUCCAGAUGAAUGGCGUAACUAUUCCAGCCGGCACUGACUUUACCAUCCCCAUCUACGUCAUCCAUCGUAAUCCUGCUGUUUUCCCGGACCCGGAACGCUUUGAUCCGGAGCGUUUUUCAGACGCCAAUCAGCACCCUCCCGGACCGUACGACUACAUCCCGUUCAGUGCUGGGUCACGGAACUGCAUCGGACAGCGCUAUGCGCUGCUGGAGAUGAAAGUCACCGUCAUAAAGAUGUUGGCACAUUUCCGCGUCUUGCCCGGUGAACAGAUGCCCCAGGUGCGCUUCAAGACAGAUCUAGUGUUGCGCCCGGAUAAGGGUAUUCCUAUCAAACUUGUGCGCAGAAAAUUCGAUCCAAUAAAAUAAUGCUCAAGCAUG